AUGCCUCUGGGAAUGAAUAAGCAUGGAUCUCGCUCUACUACCUCUUUGCCUCCGGACCCCACGGAGAUUGUCAGGAGCAAGGCCUGCUCCCGCAGGGUCAAACUCAACGUGGGGGGGCUGGCCCACGAGGUACUCUGGCGGACCUUGGACAGGUUGCCGCGGACCAGGCUGGGUAAGCUCAGAGACUGCAACACGCACGACUCUCUCAUGGAGAUCUGUGAUGACUACAACCUGGAGGAGAAUGAGUACUUCUUUGACAGGCACCCUGGGGCAUUCACCUCGAUCUUGAACUUCUAUCGUACUGGCAAGCUGCACAUGAUGGAGGAGAUGUGCGCCUUGUCCUUUAGCCAGGAGCUGGACUACUGGGGGGUGGAUGAGAUCUAUCUGGAGUCCUGCUGUCAGGCCCGUUACCACCAGAAAAAGGAGCAGAUGAAUGAGGAAUUGAAGAGAGAAGCCGAGACAUUGAGGGAAAGGGAAGGGGAGGAAUUUGAUAACACCUGCUGUGCUGACAAAAGGAAAAAGCUCUGGGACCUCCUGGAGAAGCCCAACUCCUCUGUAGCUGCCAAGAUUUUGGCAAUCAUUUCCAUCAUGUUUAUUGUACUAUCUACAAUUGCCUUGUCCCUUAACACACUUCCUGAACUACAAGGCAUGGAUGAAUUUGGGCAGACUACAGACAACCCCCAGCUCGCCCAUGUGGAAGCGGUGUGCAUUGCAUGGUUUACAAUGGAAUACCUCUUGCGGUUCCUAUCCUCACCUAAGAAAUGGAAGUUCUUCAAAGGCCCGUUGAAUGCUAUUGAUUUGCUAGCUAUCUUACCGUAUUAUGUCACUAUCUUCCUCACAGAAUCCAACAAAAGUGUACUUCAGUUCCAAAAUGUACGACGAGUAGUCCAAAUCUUUCGGAUUAUGAGGAUACUCCGGAUUCUAAAGCUUGCCCGGCACUCAACGGGUUUACAAUCCUUGGGGUUUACACUGAGGAGGAGUUAUAAUGAGCUCGGAUUACUCAUCUUGUUUUUGGCCAUGGGCAUUAUGAUCUUUUCCAGUUUAGUGUUUUUUGCAGAAAAGGAUGAGGAUGAUACAAAAUUCAAGAGCAUCCCAGCUUCUUUCUGGUGGGCAACAAUCACUAUGACAACAGUAGGCUAUGGAGACAUCUACCCCAAAACACUUUUAGGUAAAAUAGUAGGAGGACUAUGCUGCAUCGCUGGAGUGCUGGUAAUUGCUCUUCCUAUCCCAAUUAUUGUCAAUAAUUUCUCUGAGUUCUACAAAGAGCAGAAGAGGCAGGAGAAAGCCAUUAAGCGCAGAGAAGCUCUUGAAAGAGCAAAAAGGAAUGGCAGUAUCGUCUCUAUGAAUAUGAAGGAUGCUUUUGCUCGUAGUAUAGAACUCAUGGACAUUGUGGUUGAAAAGAAUGGAGAAAGCGUAGCCAAAAAGGAUAAAGUUCAAGACAAUCAUUUAUCUCCCAACAAAUGGAAAUGGACCAAGAGAACACUCUCUGAAACUAGCUCUAGUAAAUCUUUUGAAACUAAAGAACAAGGAUCUCCAGAAAAAGCCAGGUCUUCUUCAAGUCCCCAGCACCUGAAUGUCCAACAGCUAGAGGACAUGUAUAACAAAAUGGCAAAGACUCAGUCGCAGCCAAAUCUUAAUACUAAAGAGUCGAGUCAGCCUGGAAAACAAAAGGAAGAGCUAGAAAUGGAGACCCUUCCUGGCCCUAUGGUGCCCUUGCUGACCACUCGUGCUGAUGGGAUCAUUGACAUGAGGAGCAUGUCAAGUAUCGACAGCUUCAUAAGUUGUGCUGCAGAGUUCCCUGACUCUGGGAGGUUUUCCCACAGCCCGCUUGCUACCAUUCCCUGCAAAGGUGGCAUUAAUGUGAUUCAGGAGCAGAGCAGGCCGGAGGGGAGUGGUACCAGAUUUAUGGAAGUAAACCCAAGCUCUGAAGGCAGCCACCAUUCUGCGUUUUUCAUAGAAAGUCCAAAAAGCUCCAUAAAGGCCAGUAACCCUUUAAAACUAAGAUCUCUGAAAGUCAACUUCAUAGAAGAGGACACCAGCACAUUAGUACCAGCAUCAAAUGUACUGAGAAUAUAUCCAGACCCUCUCAAGAGCAGGGGAGCUGCUGCUGCUGCUGCCACAGAUACUUCCUUACUUUCUGACAGAUCUCUGAUGAGUCCAGAAACCUCCAUCUACACAACUGCAAGUGCUAGAACACCCCCAAAGUCACCAGAGAAGCAGGCAGCCCUAGCUUUCAACUUCCAUGAUGCUGGUAUACAUAAAUAUAUAGAUGCUGACACAGACGAUGAAGGUCAGCUGCUUUACGAUUCAAGUCCUCCUGGAUGUCCCCCAGGAAAUGUGAGUCCCAAGUACAACGUUACAAACAGCGGUUAUCUAAAGCAAAAGGACAAUGUUUAUAGAACAGAGAAGAACCAUCUAGAAGCUGCUGCUUUACCCACCUCUCCUAAGCUGAUAGGGCAAAACUGCAUUUACUCCAUGGAAGGUAUCACUGGAAGAACCCAGGGCAAUCAGGAGACUGUCAGACUAGAAAAUCACAUUUCCCCAGAAGUCCAUGUAUUGCCAGGUGGCGGAGGACAUGCUAACACACAUGAUCAAAGCAUCUGAGACAUGCUCCAAAAGAACUUACUGAGAAUUUAAAGCAAUGUCUUUACAGUCAACACAAAAAGAGCUUCUGCAUGGCAUGAACUUGGCUGAAAUAAGCCACCUGUUUCUAAAAGUCUGAGGGGAGGUCCGGUGUGGGUUUGUGAAAAUGUCCUUCUCUGAAACAACUCUAAAGACGUUGCCCAAUUCAAACAUCGGUCAGAAAAAAGGAUUGCAAAUCAUGAUCACACAUUGAUCUCCUUUCUUGUUGUCCAGUGAAGCCAAUGUGACCAAAUAUCCAUCCAUUCCCCUUGAACG